AUGAAUGCAUUUGAUUAUUUAAAAAUUUCUCAAUAUGAUAAUGACAAUCAAAAAGAUGUAGUUACUCAAUAUUGUAAACAGAAAUUAAUUCGUACAAGUUCAUUUGAUUUUCCUCUUCAUUUAUCAUGUAAAAUUAAUGAUGAUGACAAUAUUCGAAACUUAAUAGAACAAUAUUAUAAUAUACAUAAGAAUCUUUCGUUUUCAGAUUUAAUUAAUCAAGCAUUAAAUCAAUCAAUAAUUUCAAAUCAAAUUGUUUAUACUUAUACACAAAUAUAUGACAAAAUUGAAUAUAUAAACAAUAAUAAUCUUGUCGUUGAAGUUAAACCAGGUCAUUUUAAGAGUGACUUUGAAUUAAGAAGAGUAAUUAAGGAACAUUAUCGAUCAAUUAAUACUCGUCUAUUACUUAUACGUGUUGAUUAUCAUGAAGAACAUAAACAUGUUCUCUUUCUCAAACAUCUCGUAGCAAACGAGAGAAUACCAACUAGUGAUAAUGGAGUAUAG